AAAUAUUUCGUAAUCAGUUUCCGCAGGAGAACCUUCGCCAUUAGGCCGAAGGAUCAUGGUUAACAAUACUUUUGGGAGAAAUCUACUCUAAUUUAGAGCCAACCAAGUAAGUCCUUGAGUUUAAAUGUCGUUGGUCAAGGCAUAUACACACGUAUCUAAUUGCAUCGUUCAAAAUAUAAACAGUAGUCUGUGUUUAAAUACUAAAGCGCGAACAAAUUCUACAUAAAAGGCUCAGCGAUCAUUCAAUAAGCCAUAGGUUCCAUAUUCUAGUAGGAACCGAGCCUAUUAAUACUACGGCGUUUUCUAUUUUUAUGUGCACUUCAAGCAUUUAGGCGCCAAAUAUACCACUCGCUUGAAAUUUUGUAACGUAAUGCACGCGCCAUUCCUAGCAGAGCAUUCAGCAAACCGGUUUGCCUUUGGUAUCCAGAUUUGGUGAUCUGAUAUGUUGCUGUCUUGAUAAUCUGCUUUGGAACUCUUAACCUUUUGUAUUAGGAUAAAUUUGCAGAAUAAUAUUGCAAUGGGGACCAGCAAAAACAAAAGUUAGGGUUCGCGAAAAUCAGUGUUCCGUGAAAUGUUCAAUGAAUACAUAAUACUUGGGCGAGUGAAGCAAGUCUCGCGAGAACGCGCGAGCGAGCGGCGAAGCCGCGAGGGGCAGAGCCCAAAUUGGAGAGCUUGCUCGCAGGCUAAAGCAAGUUUUCCUAGAAUGACAAGUUUUUGUAUUACUAGUAACAGCGCCAAAAAUUAAAGGUUGCAUUUAUAAAAUUAGAAAGUUGACAAGAUACCACUUGACCGAGAAAAGACUAGACUUUGGCACAUACCAAUCCAUGAGUUAUUUUACAUUUUCGAGAGUUACAAAAUUUUGCGGAUGGGCGUAUUUAUAUUUCGCAGGAACUAUCUAUCCUUUUCACGGUAGGUCCAAUUCGAGCAAAUGCUGUCAAGAAAGAAAUAUCCUCAGGGUAUCAACGUACCGGCGAAAGAAUGGUUGAAAAUAUAAUAACAUUGUCGGUUCUAUCUACUAAUUAGACUAAUUACAGUUUAUCGCUGAAUGUGGCUUAUUGCUUCUGUCCAGGCAGGAUCUGAUUCAUGUUUAUUAGUAACUGGCUCAAAACGGCUGUGUAGCAGACUACUUUUCUCGUAAAUGGCGAUGUUUUAUAUGUAAAUGUGACACUGGAGUUACUUUUCGCGGAUAAAAUUUUCGGGACCACAAAAAAUGGCAAAAAUUAGAACGUGUGAAGUUAUUAAAGUGCCAAACGGUACUUGACCUAUAUACACGCACAAAGGGGUUCCUUUUUGUUUACCAAGAAUGGCUCGUUUAAGGGCCGUAAGUAACACUGGUAAAACAAAUUGUUGUGGCCAUCAUCAUAUAACUUUCUCGCAACGAACGUGAUAGAUGAUUUUUGUGAACGACGUCGUCCACUGUGGUUUGGUGUUAAAAAUAGGUCAUCAUAAAACACCCUGCGAAAGUACUUCCGGUCACGAGUGAUGUGACCGGAAUUGCACUUGAGAACGUCACUUGUCGUUCUGUAAAAUCGUGUCACAUCAGAUAUUUAGUUCUGAAGCUCUUUGAUCCAGAACAUUUAUAACGUUUUAGUCUAUAAGCUUCAUGCUGACGUCCCUUUCGCUUAGAGGAGUCAUCAGCCUGCGAAGAAGGCAAAGCCAUUCGGAAGCACAACACAGGUCAUCGAGAAAACGAUGGGGGAGAGGGUACGGGGAAAAAGGCAGAGAGACCUUCUUUUUCUCGACCCUCCCCCAUCAUUUUCUCGUUUUACGUCUUACUUGAUCAGACUAAGGAGUUAUGUAAGUUUUCAAAUUGUGGGAUUGACUUAAAAUGAUAAUUGUGCAAUUUGCAGCUUGACUGAGAUGCUGGGGAAAUGUACUGGUACAGAGUUCUCCUUAGCCUGCGAACAGCAGACGUAUUUCCGGUCGUCCCUUUCGGAGGGAGAGAAGCGACGACCGGAAAUACGUCUGCUGUUCGCAGGCUAGGUUCUCCUGUACCCAUAGGCCAUACCAAAAGGGAAAAAGGUAUCUUUAUCCUCUCUUGGCCUAACGGAAAGUUGCAGUUUCCAGUCGACCUCCCUCCCCUCUGAAUGGUCGAGAGGAAAAAUAACUCUUCUAAGAAGGACAUGCUUCAAGGCUACAUUCUCUUUCCUUUUUAGUUGGCGCGUUUUUUUUGGGAUGCAAUUCAGUUCAUGUAAAGCUGUUAAAUCCCUCAGACCUGAGGUCAGACACCUCAUGACGUUUAGACAAUGUCGUAUUCGGUAUUGCUUUCUAAGCCGAGGAAGAAGAGCUUAUUUACCAGGAAAAGCAAGUGAGAAAGUAGAGCUGCGUUUAUGAUUUCACUGAAUUAUAGUGAUUAGGUGAUUUAGAUUAGUUAGUUUGAAAACUCCAUUUAAGUAUUAUAACAUAUACAGUCAACUCUCUCUAAGACGGACACCUUUGGGACCGGCACUAGCUGUCCGUGUUAGAGAGAUGUCCGUCUUAUAGAGAGUCAAAUAGAGGGAGCAAAGAAUUGAAAGGCAGGGACCAACUCUAGCUGUCCGUUUUACAGAGGUGUCCGUCUUAUAGAGGUGUCCGUUAAGAGAGAGUCGACUGUACACAUUUCUUUCAGUUGUCUGUCACGAAAACCUCCUCCCCAGGUUGCUCAGCUCAAGGCUGCAAAAGACCCUAGGAACAAUGUUGGUAAAGUUUCCUCCCCGCCUUGUUCCCUGCCCAUAGAACGCCUAUUUACACUUUCUUUUUCUGCUGCAGUAACUAGAAAAUCAUGACAGAGGGAGGGAGUGAAAGCACAUACGGCGCUGUUGGGUCAACCACGCCAGUUAGAGAAGGUGAGGAGCACGAAAGAGUGCGGAGCAUCAGUUCAUUUUACGAUGACCAAACAAAAGACUGCAGAACUGUAUCGGAUGUAGGUGCUGAAAAAGCAAGGUUGCACGAGGGAGAGCAAGAAGAAAAACCUGGAGACGAAUUGUUUCUUUCAUUUGACAGCUCUCCUAAUGAAUGCGUCAACGGUAUAACAACAGAAAAAAUGGCGAGACCCACCUACAUGUCUCUCAGUAACAACGAACAAUCAAAAUCUGAUGCUAGUUCAUCGAUUAGUCCAGGCAGCUCUCAACCCCGUCGAGUGUCAUUUUUGGCUAAACCUAAUCAUAAUGAAGCGACAGACCCUGACGUUGCUUAUGACAACCGUGGCUAUUCCUCCGACAUGAUGUCAUCAACAGACUCAAUAAAGCGCGUGCGUGCUAUCACAAACUGCAGCGUUCGUUACCACACACAUAGUGAAGGUGAAGAGUGCAACGAAAGUGAUAUUUCUCAACUCACUUUGAACUUUCAGCAAAAUUCACAGAGCACGCCUCGGGCGCGAAGGAGAAGGUAUACGAGACACGGCACCCUUGUAUCGGAUUCCUUCGUCAACGAAUGUAUUUGUUGCUGCACAAUUAUUUAA